CAGCAUGUCCCGUUAUCUGUUGAAUUGUCGUCGCUUGUGCGACUCAGAUCCGUCAAGGCGUCCGCUCCUAGCGGCGUCAGGCCGGGAAUUACCUUUACGUUCCUUCCUAGCGACACACCGUUGCCUGCCAGCCUCCAGCCUCCCCCUUUUGCCAUCACAUCAUCUCCUAGCACGUCCUCGAGUCGUUCUGAUCUGCCCUCUCCGCUUCGGGCGAGGAAGACUACCAACUUCCAAGAUCUUCUUCUCUUUGAUCCCUCUGAUGGGGUGCUAUCUUUACGGCGUAUCAUGCUUGAGCAGCGUCCUCGCGAUACGGGGGAAUUUUCAUAUACGCUAGCCAACCUGCCAACGAGCAUGUCGCUUCCCGGCACUAGCGCCGCUGGUCGUCUCAGCACAUCGCCACACAACCGUGUGGGCGUCUCAUCGACCAAGACUUCUGGCCUAACUCAAAUGAUGUUGGAAUCUGCCAGCGAACUGCAUGGGCGAGAUACCAUGGUCGCUACUUGGCAGCUCAAACGACACCGAGAUUGGGGUGAAGUCAAACACGUGCAGCAUUUGAGUGCGAGGUCUCCUGUGGGCGAACGCCUAUUGCAAAGUAUGCGCUCCCUUGCCCAUGCAGAACUGUCAACCUGUUCCAGAUCACCCAACGUGGUUCCCCGGCUCAUCUCUCUCGCCCACCAAUUCAACUUUUAUACUCUAGGCGAAGAUUACCAUGCUCUGAUUCGUCGCAACCAACUCGACAUACCAGGGACCAAGAUGGACGUGCGGAAGGAGGUAGAAGUCAGUCCCUAUUCUCUAGGCACGGGCGAGUGA